CUGCGUGGAGCUUGGCACCAGGAUGUUGGUGGCAGCGUUGGGGGCCCCCACUGCCCCGUCAUGGCGUCUGCUCUCAUCGUUCUCCUCCUCGAGGGGUCCCUCCCCAAACCCUCCAUCUCCGUCAGCCCCGGUGGGGUGAUCCCCAUGGGUGGAAACGUCACCAUCCGGUGUCGGCAUCAGCACCUGGGCAUGAGGUUCCUCCUCUACAAGGCUGGAGAUGGGAACUAUCUGACUUACACAGACCCUGCUGGCUCUGAGGCUGAAUUUCCCAUCACCAGCGCCAGACGGGAACAGAGUGGAAACUACACCUGUCGUGAUAGCCACAGAACAGGAGAAGCUGUCUACUCAGACCUCAGUGAGCCUGUGCAGAUCAUUGUAGCAGCAGACGAAGGCCACGAGGAGGAGGAGGAGGAGGAGGACAGCGGCUGCCGUGCUCAUCCCAAAGACGAUGGGGCUGGUCGGAUCCAGAGAUGUCGACAUCGUUGCCAUCAUCGGUGAUUCUG